AGAGAGGGAAUCCGUCAGCAUCAGUGUCAGAGAGACGCUUCACAAUCUUCGCCUUUGGCUCCACGGAGAUUGAUAAAACGUACUUAUGGUGACAUUCGUGAGCACUCGAGAGGCAUUCGAUGAGUUGAAUAUGACACCAUAACGUAGUAGCAAACAGAUAAAAUGUUUAAAGCGCCAACCAUGACCUCGGCCACUCCCCCCUCCUCAGAGGACUCCUCCCCGCAGAAGGUGUGCCACUCCCAGACGCAGACGGACAUCACCAAGCCCCUGCUGGGCUCCACAGGGCCGCCCGGAGGUGCAGGUGCUGGUGCAGGUGGGGGAGGUGGGACGGGACCUGGGGGGCCGUGUGCUCUGCGACGGAGGCGCCGCGUCCUCUCCAAAGACGGACGCAGCAAUGUGCGCAUCGAGCACAUAAGCGGGCGGGGGGCACUGUACCUCCGCGACCUCUGGACAACCUUUCUGGACAUGCAGUGGCGCUACAAGUUCUUCCUCUUCUCUGCCACCUUCGCUGGGACCUGGUUCGUGUUCGGGGUGCUUUGGUACCUGGUGGCGUUGGUACACGGAGACCUACUGGAGUUCGACCCCCCCUCCAACCACACGCCAUGCGUAAUGGAGGUCAAGACCCUGACGGGCGCCUUCCUCUUCUCUCUGGAGUCUCAGACCACGAUUGGCUACGGUUUCCGGUGCAUCACAGAGGAGUGUCCCGCUGCCAUCAUCCUGCUCAUCUUUCAGCUGGUCAUCACCAUGGUGAUGGAGAUCUUCAUCACCGGCACCUUCCUUGCGAAGGUCGCCCGUCCCAAGAAGAGAGGCGAGACAGUGAAGUUUAGUCAACAUGCUGUUGUGUCCAACUACGAGGGUCACCCCUGCCUCAUGAUCCGAGUUGCCAACAUGCGUAAGAGCCUGCUGUUAGGAUGCCAGGUGACGGGGAAGCUGCUACAGACGUCUCUGACCAAGGAGGGCGAGACGGUGCGGCUGGACCAGCGCAAUGUGCCUUUUCAGGUGGACACGUCCAGCGACAGCCCCUUCCUCAUCAUCCCCCUGACCUUCUACCACAUCAUUGACGACAACAGCCCCCUGAGAAACUGGGCAGCAAAGGUCUCAGGUCUCCUCUCUCCUCCAGGUGGCGGCUGGACAGACCCGGAGUUGGCAGACUUUGAGCUGCUGGUGAUCAUGAGUGCCACCGUUGAGCCCACCUCCGCCACCUGCCAGGUGCGGACAUCCUACCUCCCGGACGAGAUCCUCUGGGGCUACGAGUUCCCCCCCGUCGUCUCCCUGUCCCCCUCCGGAAAGUACGUGGCUGACUUUGCCUUCUUCGACAAGGUGGCCAAAACCAAAAUGCCGCCCCUCUUCAAGCAGGCCCUGCCGCCGAGCCGGCCAUCGCCGACGUCCCGUUGUCACGGCAGCAAGGAGGACGGGGCGGACCCGGAGAAGCUGAGGCUGGAGGAAAACUUCAGGGGGGAGGAGCGGGGCCGCGACAGGGGACGCAUGAGAGACAGCAGCCCGUUGAGUGUGCGCAUAAGCAAUGUCUGAAGAAGGAGAGGCAGGAAGAGGCUGCGGAAAGUUGAUAUGAAACUCACACAGAAGGCAAAGACAGAGAAAAAUAGAACCAAGUCUUACUCUCACGUACAACCUUUCCCCCCCACUCCCACACACCACUCUCUGCCUACGCAAAUUCAAAUCGUGGGACACACGGCAGGAAGUAAAGCACCUGGGGAUCCUCUCGCUGCACACACACACACACACACAAACACACACACCAACCAAACGCCCACGCGAUGCACCCAUGUGCUCCUGUUGCUGCAAGUCUGCAGAGAAGAUGCUGAAGAUGGCCGCCGCCCACCUCCGAGGGAGCGAGUUCGCAGACCCGACGUGCGCAAGUGUACAGCGCGGCAUCAGUUCAUCCACGCAAAGACGUAUUCUUUUGUUUCACCUUCGAUUCUCUUCUUUUCUCUCGCGGACAGGCCUCGGUUCGCCGUCACCGGCGGAUCCUGAAGCGGCCGCGAGAUCUCAUCAGGUCAUUUCUGUGUGUCGAAUUUUUCCUUUUUAAAGUUUCGCGACUUCACUCACCCAGAUCCCAAUUGAAACUUGUUCCGAGACACUUUGAGCGGUAUGUGUCUCAUGCUCGGACCAAGACGCGACGGCAAAAUUGAAAAAUAUAUAUAUAUAUAUAUAUAUCUCGAUUUCUGCAGUGAAGUUCAACGUCCGGUGUGGACGUUCCUCUCUUCACCGGAUCACAGCACUGGUUUUCCCCCCCUCCGUUCAUUAAAUACCCAAUAAGGGUUAUGAAAAUUCCGGAACCAUAUUAUUUUUUUAACAACGGACUUUAAAGGAAUGUAUUAUAUUUGAUGGAGCAGGUAGUUUCUAACGACACCAUUACUUGUUACGCCUGAAAAUAUUGUGCUCUCUGAUAUGAACGGCCUCGUUUACUGGGAGUAAAUAUGUUUAGCAAUGUUACUAAACGCACUUUAACUUGAAAGAAAAGUGGCAUUUUACACAAUGUGAGUAACUGAACUAACUUUGAAUCUUAAUGCACCGUAUCAAAUAAUUCAAUUUGUGCGUUUGUGUCCGUGCUUACAAAUGGGUAACUUUGUGUGAGUGCGAUAAUAUUGUUCGUAGGAACUGUUUUAAAUGUCAUGUACAAAUGCAUGUUUUAAUGUACCUCUGUACAGUAUGUAAAAAUAUAUUUCCCCCCCCCCACAUCUUUGUCCCGACAGCUGUGCAUUCAUAGUGUACCAUAGUAACUGUUAUUACAGUGCACAAUAUCACUUCUAUAAAAUAUUUGAACCGCUGUGAUUUCUUCUUACAUGAAGUGUCAGUGAAUCCUGCAAACGUGCAUCUAAUGUAAGCCAUCAGAUGAUGUAUUUGCAUCAAAAUUGAUUUUCCCCUCUUUUUACUGUACACGGAAAUGGUACUUUAUCAUGGUGCUUGUUCAAGGGGAUUGGCGUUGGUUAACUCAAAAAUUACAACCUCAAAUUAUAAAGCACCAAAUUUUUGGGUUUUCAGGGGCACUAAGGACUUACAUCUAUUUUAAAUAGGACUUAAAUGCCACUGUUCAAAUGAAAAUCCUCCGCUGUGCCACACAAGCUCAAUGAGAAUCUUGUGUGUCUGAAAAUGUUUCAGCAUCAGUACCUGGUGAGAGGUUGUGUUUGUUUAUACUGUAUUGCCUGCACUGUACACUGUAUCCUGGAAGCUCAUUGGUCGGACUGCUAAUGUACUUUUAAGUGCCUUCUUUAAUAAACUUGUUAUUUACAA